AGCAACGGCGCCAUUUCGACUCCAGGUUCCGACCUGUUCGGUGGACUCUCGGGAAAGUUUCUCCCUCCGCCCACAUGAUCUUUUAACUGUAUUAACAACAAAAACAACAACAAAAAGAAAACGAUCCCAUAAUCGUUCUUUCUUCACGCGAGGAAUUAUUUCUGAUCGGUGCUCUUGUUUAGAUCUUCAUGGUGAAGGAAGCCAUUUUGGAUCCUCCAUAUCUCAUGCAUCCUCCUCUUUUGUGCUCAUCGUCGAGCGGUUUGGGAAUCAUCAUGUUGGCUGUCGAUUCGUGUUUGGACAACGUCGAGAACAACGAACCCACCCGGGUGGUGUCCUGCUCCAACCUGAACAAAUCCCUUACCAGGCGAGCUCUUCUGAAGAAAGGAGGAGGAGGAGGACAUGGACAUCAUCAACAUCAACAUCGAGUCCGCGUCCAAAGCAGAAUCACCUCCAACCAGAAGCAGGUUUCGGUUCUCAGGAGCAACACGACACGUUUAACCGACAUCAACAACAACAACCACCACCACCACCUUUCCACCAGCACCAUCAUCAACGACCUGAAAAACACCUCCCCCAACAAGAGCACCGAGCUCCAGACCAACACACCAUCCAAGGAGGUGCUGAAAUCCAAAGCCGGGAAGACAGAAAGAGCGUCGGACAAACACAGGACGCACGCCCCCAACGUCAACACCCGCUCGAGCCGACACGCCAAAUACGAAAGCAGGGACAGGAAGAGGUCUCUGAGCUCGGCGGAAACGCAGAGGAACACAAAGAACGCCGAGGAGACCCUCAAAGACGCGGAGAAGACCUACGCGGGAGCCAAGUUCAGCGAGCCGCCUUCGCCGAGCGUGUUGCCCAAGCCCCCGAGUCACUGGGUGGGAGAGAACGGACCUCGGCAUUCCGACAACAGCCGCGAGCAGAUGUCUGUGCAUCUGAAGACCAUCCUGAAAGUACAGUCCAAACCGUGAAGCGGCUCGAAAAGACAGUUUUAGCAAAAGAACAUCAUGAAUUCGGCUCCAGGAGAACGACGACAAAAACGCGUUUCGAGGCGCGAUAAAAACGUCUUGCGUUAGGAAGAGACACUCAUUUCCUUUUCUUUUUUUUUUAGAAAAAUAAAACGUGUAAAUAAUGUAAAACGUGUAACAUACGUGUAUAUUUUUUGGACGUUGUUUUAAGAGAAAAAUCUAGUUUUGUUACUGAAGCCUAUGAUGGUAUGCUCGGAGCGAACGCACUGACCGAGGCACAUCCCGGAAUGCACAUUACACGUGAAAAAAAAUGCUUAGUUUUGCACAAGAACGGGAGAAAAAGCGACGCGGGUCCCUUUUUUGUGACGCGAGGACGGAUCGGCGGAGGCGUUCCUAGAAAGGGACGCGGACACGUUUUUUUUUUAAAAGGGUAGGAAUGUAGCAUCGUACUGAGAAACAGCGCCUACUAAAGGACAAAUCGAAAAACCGGCGCUUGCGGAAGUGAACCAUUUUGUCCUAACAGUGUAUCACUUCGAGAAUGUGUGUGUUGUUUUUUUUUUUUAAACAGGAAAUGAUGUUUACUGUGAAAGAAGGUUUUGUAUUAGGGAUGUGUUUACAUAUCUGUGGAGAAAAGCCAGGCCUCUACCAUCACCCCCCCAUUCCCCAUAUCUUCACUAACCUUAAACUAAACCCAAGACGUUUUUAUUUUCGCAAAAGAAACAUUUUGUUGCAACGUUGAUUUGAUUUUUAAAGCAAAAAAAAUUCCCUUUUUUAUUUUUAAUUACAGAAAAGCAAGUAACUUAUGCCCUCGGUUCUGAAAUUGGUAAAAGAAACGUUAUGAACGUUUUAAAUUAAAAAAAAAAAAAGUAUUAAAAUAAAGAAUUUGGCCACCCCCUUUA